AUGUCGGGAGUGUGGGUUUCCAAAAACGGUGUUGUCCGUCUUGAAGAGAAUCCUGCUGGAGAGCGUGAAGGCUCGAAAGGCCGUCGCAGAGUACUUGUCCAUGUCGAAAGUAAUGAAGUCAUGGCAUCCUAUUGUGUUCUCGAGAGUAAGCUAUUAUCUCUGGGAUGGGAGAGAUUCUAUGAUGAUCCUGACCUCCUUCGGUUCCAUAGGAGAUCAUCAUCUGUUGACCUCAUCUGUCUUCCCAAGGACUUCAAACAAUUCAGGAGCAUGCAUAUGUAUGAUAUUGUCAUCAAGAAUCCUAACCAAUUUGAAGUUCGGGAGAUAUAA